GGUAAUUCAGGCGUGCUUGAAUGCAGCUCUUAUUCGUCAGCGAGCAUCUUAUUUUGAAAAGGAAAAAAACGAAACGGAAGUCACGAUAUUUUUGCUUACUUGACCAGAGUGUGAGUAGUUCCCUCUCCUCUCCUCUGGCUAAUCACUUGCUCCGAGGACGUGUGGAUGUUUUGUGCGGUCCGCCGUGUCUCCGUGGCGCAGGACAGGACGGUCGCCACGCCUUCAGGGACGCACUUUUUCACGGCGUCAGUUCUCCAUCUGUGUCCGCUGUUCACCCAGUGGAAGACCUGUCCAGAGCCAGGACAUUUAACAAGCUUUUAUCAACAGGCAUUUUCUCCACUUAAUAUCAGUCAGCCUGUGCCUCUGGAGUCCGGCGCUACUUCUCCCACUGAUGCCAGUUGAACAGGCUGUUGUAUAGACGCUAAUUAAUUUCGGAAUAUCGAGCGGCAGUUUUACUGAUUUGACAUCGAAUACAAGUCGGAUCAAAGAUGGGGAUUACAGUGUAGUGCAGACAGGAAUGCCCCAGACUGUGUGCUCAGGCACCAUGUUCACCACUCCCAGUGGCUUCAGCCCUCAUCUGGCCUGUGCUGAGCCUGGGGAGGAGGAGGAGGCCCCACAAGAGGGCCCAGGGCCUGGGGCCUGCCUGGCCGACGGGCCCCCGAUCACUUCUGCCUCCCUGGACACUCUUAUCCAGAAUCUGGUGCCCACUGCCGAUUACUACCCUGAGAAAGCCUAUGUGUUUACCUUCUUGCUGAGUGCUCGUCUGUUCAUUGCUCCUCCGGAGCUGCUGGCCAGGGUGUGUGAGCUGUGCAUCAAACAGCAGCAGCUGGAUCAGAGCCCACUCGAUACGGCAAAAGUGCGCAAGUUUGGUCCCAAGAUCCUGCAGCUGCUGACAGAAUGGACAGAGACAUUUCCAUCCGACUUCAGGGAUGAUAAGAUGGUCGGGCACCUCAAAGACAUCAUCCACAGGAUAGCUCCAUGUGAUGAGGCGUACUGGAAAACCCUGAACCAAGUGCUGCAGAAGCUCAGCCAGAGGCUGGCCCUGAUGAGCCAGGGGGAAGAGAGCAUCGUCAAGGUCUCCCUCAAUGCCUCCUCCAUCUCUGACAAGCUGGUGGCCUUCAAGACCAAGCCUCCGCCCAUCCAGAAGGACAUGCUCUCCAUCUGCAACGACCCGUACACACUGGCACAGCAGCUCACCCACGUGGAGCUGGAACAUUUGAGUCAUAUUGGUCCAGAGGAGUUUGUCCAGGCCUUUGUUCAGAAAGACCCGCUAGAUGGAACACAGCCAUGCUUCAGUGACCAAAAGAAGAAAACCACCAACCUGGAGGCUUAUGUCAGGUGGUUCAACAGACUGUGUUACCUGGUGGCCACUGAGAUCUGCAUGCCAGCGAAGAAGAAACAAAGAGCCCAGGUGAUAGAGUUCUUCAUUGAUGUUGCCAGGGAGUGUUUCAACAUCGGAAACUUCAACUCCCUCAUGGCCAUCAUCUCUGGUAUGAACAUGAGCCCCGUGUCGAGGCUGAAGAAGACUUGGGGCAAAGCCAAGACUGCCAAGUUCUUCAUUCUGGAGCAUCAGAUGGAUCCUACAGGAAAUUUUUACAACUACAGGACCGCCCUGAGGGGGGCCGCCCAUCGCUCUCGGACUGCCAACAGCAACAGAGAAAGGAUCGUAAUUCCAUUCUUCAGUCUGCUGAUCAAAGACAUUUAUUUCCUGAAUGAAGGAUGUGCCAAUCGGCUGCCCAAUGGACACGUUAACUUUGAGAAAUUUGUGGAGCUGGCACGACAGGUCGGCGAAUUCAUGACAUGGAAACAGGUGGAGUGUCCAUUUGAGGAGGAUCGGGCCAUCCUACACUACCUCCACACUGCUCCAAUCUUCAGUGAGGACGGACUCUACCUUGCAUCCUAUGAGAGUGAGAGUCCAGAGAACCAGGUAGAGAAGGACAGAUGGAAAGCACUCAGGUCUAACGUUCUGGGGAAGACAUGAGGCACUGACGGCAGCUAACCCUCCCACCAGCGAGGGAGCGUGUGUUCUCAUUGCACUAAAAUGAACUGUGAAGGAACCUAGCUGGUACUUAGGUGUUUUUCUAUGAAGAAAUUAAGAGAUAAAAAACAAAACAAGCAACACGAUGAACAGGAUUCAUCAAGAAGAGUGUUAAAAAAAAUAAAAACAAGAAUAUGUUUUUAAAAAAAAAGUGAAUCAAAAAUGUUAAGCUAAGGAAACUGGAGUAAAAUGCCUUUGCAGCAUAUCAGCGAUGAGGUACAGUAUGUCGGAGAGGGAUACAGCCUCUCUCCUUCCCCCGUCCCUUCGAUGUGUGUUUACUCUGUGAAAGUAUGUUUACUACUAUAGAGAGUACAGUUACAGGGAAAACCACUUUAUAAAAUGAAAUUCCUACUGAUGCUAUAGUUGUUUUUGUAUUUGCUCCUCUCCCUACUUCUCUCUCUCUUUCUCUUCCCCUUCUGGUCCAAAGCCUUGUCUAGAUAUUUAAUUUAACUUUUUUUUUCCUUUACUUGUAAUGUACUGUAACUAUGAAACUUACAAUGAUGUGAAGGGCGCUGGCUAGCCCGUAUCAGCUGUCAAAUUUUAUAGGUCUACUGAAGGAACGCCAACUGUGUAUAUCUGGGACGACAGAAGAUGACAUGCCUUGAGCAUUUUACCAGUUCAUCUCACGUGUACUUUAACAUGUGCGAUUGUGCUCAUGCAUUCAUGUCUGUUCAAACAGUCACUGUCUGGUUUUUGCAUGAGAGUGACUGGAGAAACCUGUUUACUGGCCAUCUCUUCUUGUAUUCUUUAUUUAUUGUAUUUUAUUUUGGGACAGUGUUGGACAAGGGGGGGGGGGGGGUGUAUGGACUGUUUUAAAAAGUGUUUACUCCUUUAAAAUGUAUUGUGCCAUUAAUGCAAGAAAACUACAGUAUAGCUUAACGGUCACAGCAGGAGCCAGGCCAGGUGUAGAUUGUGUACAGGUUACAUUUACCCCUCAUCUUUCUGCUCUUCAGGAAGUUUUCUCUGACUGACGUUCAGUUGUCUGGUAUAUUUAUGGAGAUUUCUGUGCUGACAGAUGUAUAGUUUUUAUUGUAACUUUCCUUUACUGAAUAUGAAGUCCAAUGGCAUGCUAUGACAGGUGUUUUUAAAGGGGCAUUAAACGUAUCCAUGAUGAUGAAGUGGAGACUUUUGUCUGUCUAAAAGAAAAAAGUGGGAAAAAGAGGGAAACUUGUGCCAUAUGAAUCACUGGUUGUCAUGAUAAAUCAGGUUCCUCUGACUUGAAAUGUGUUGUUUAUCGUUUUGUGGGAUCGUCACUGAGCUUUGUUUUUUUUGGCAGUUUUGUUGUGAUUCGGGAGCCAUUUUUGAGGGUGGGGUGAGGGAGGGUGGUAGGAGAGGAAGGAUAUGGGGAGGGAGUGGGAACUGUGUAAUUAAUUAUAACCUUUUUAAAAAAGUCUUAUUCAGUUUGCUAUAAUUGAUUGAUGUCAGUGUUUUCUCUUAAGAAGCACCUUUCCCUCUUAAUAACAGACUGACUUUUAUUCUCCCUCAUUUGUCAUCAAUAAACUUGCUUUUCUUGUACCCCCCCCCCAACGCACCCCAAGACAAGUUUAAGACAGUAGACCAGAGAUGUGAUGUCAAACUUGCCAUUCAAGGUGACAACACGUUUUAAUAAAACAUUGCCUGUAUUGAACGUCUGUUUUCAAUGAUAGUCGCCUCCAGGACAUCAGUUCUGCUCUUUUUAAUGGUAUCAUUGCACUGCCAUGUCCAUGUUUUCACUUACACACACAUAAACCCUGGGUGAGGUUCAAGGAGUUGAGCGCAAUCAGUGUAUUUAUGGUUAUUGAGACCAAGCAGACACAAGUUUGGCUUCAACAUCACUGUUGUGACUAGUUCCUUAGAAGCCUUAAUAAAAGUAAACUGUGGUCA